ACGAUCCACUCUGCUCCUCUACAACCCUUGGCAGAUUUAGCCGAUUAUGUAAAGAAAUCAAAUGCGCCGCCUAUCGUCGUAAUCGAGUUAUGUCCCUUGAAUGUUUUCAUUGUUUGACCAAUGAAAAUCUUCGUAACAUAAGGUAAAAAAAAUAUGACGUAUUCAACAAUGGCGGCCUCCACAGAAUAUCAAGAAAUAAUUUGCAAACGAUUUAAAAUACAGUCUUUGACAGAUAAACAAUCAAAAACCAUCAGUGCGAUUGAACAAGCAAAAGAUGUGUUUCUAUGUACCAGAACAGGUAGUGGAAAGUCGUUAACCUACGAGUACUUUCCAGUGCUACAUCCAGGAAAAUGCGUUGUUGUCGUGGCCCCCUUGUUAAGUGUCAUGCAGGAACAAUGUUAUAAACUCAACAAUCUGGGUUUUAAAGCUACUUUUAUCGGUAAAGACUUUCGAGAAUCCGGUGCAUUAGAACAAGGUGCGUUUGAUUUUGUGUUUGGCAGUCCAGAGUCCUUCAUUAAUAACAGCAAUUGGAGAGAGAUGUUGAAGUCCGAAAUUUACCAAAGUAAAUUACAGUUGAUUGCUGUUGAUGAAGCCCAUACUGUUACACAAUGGGGUGAAGGUGAUAAAGAUGAAGAGCCCUUUCGAGAGGCAUUCGCCAACAUAGGGGAGUUACGGUCAAUCUGUCCAAAGGCAACUCUACUUGCGUUAACUGCAACAUCUGGACCUAGUCAGCGUAGAAGAAUAAUGAAAAUGUUAUGCUUUCGUUCAAAUUCUGAUAUCAUAUUAGAUUCACCAGAUCGGGAGAACAUUAAAAUCACUUCAGUGUGUAUUCCUAAUUCUGACAAUUUAGAAAAAGUUUUCAAAUGGCUAAUUGACAGUGUGAGGUUAAACAAAGUUAAAACUGAGAGACAUGUAGUUUUUUGUGAAAGUAUUUCUGAUGUAUCAAAAAUCUACACAACCUUUGUGAAACAUUUUGGAAAUGACUGUGAAUUAUUUGAAAUGUUUCAUAGCAAGACUGAUGAGAAAGUAAAAGAAAUUAUUUCUAAAGACAUGAGUAAAGAUGGCAAUAUCAGGGUUUUGAUCUGUACAAAUGCUGCAGGUAUGGGCGUUAAUUUUCACAAUGUGCAUCAUGUUGUCCAUUAUAAACUACCUAGAAAAUUAGAUACAUUUGUGCAGCAGAUGGGAAGAGCAGGGAGGGAUGGACAUUUAUCUGAUGAACUGAUAAUGUAUAAAAGUAACAAAAAUCACCUUAAAAGGGUUGAAAGCGAGCUUGUUCGAUUGGCUAAAGAUGAUAGUAAAUGUAGACAUGAACUCCUAUGUGAAGCAUAUCUUUCACCUAAUAAAAAAAUAUUACCAUCUCAUGACUGUUGUGAAGUUUGUGAAAAAAGUUGUGAUUGUAAAAGUGAUCUGUGUCCUCGAAAACAUGAUUAUUUUAAAACAGAAAAUGAAGAUAGUGCUUCAGAUUCUGAAGAUGAAAUGACCAGAUCUGUUAGCGAUAAAGAAAAAAAAUUAAUACAUGAUAAACUGGUGUUUUAUAAAUCACAAAUGUCCAUAGAUUGUAUAAUAGAUUUUGAAGUAGUGCACGGACUAACAAAUGAAGUUCUCAACAAAUUGGUGCAAAGCAGCGAUUCAAUAUUUACACCUGAUGAUGUUAUGAAAAAGUUUCCAAUAUGGUCAACUGAUACAGCUACUGAAGUCAGUAAAAUUAUCUCUGAAGUUGUUGGCGACUCUGAUAUGUAUAAUUUUGCAGGAGACACUGAAGAGUCAGAUUGAUAUUUGGGAAUAAAUAUGCUUUAUUUUCAAUAGUUUGGUGUUACUGAGUUAACUUUAAUAAGAGUAUAAACCAUUGGCACUGUGAUAAACUGAAAUUAUAUUUCCAGGUACAUUACAAAUUAAAUUUUUGUGUAUACUAUAACAUAAAUGCAUCUAAACAAAAUAAUUAUCAUUUAAAUCAAAAAUUCAAAUACCAUGAUAGCAAUUUUACAUUCUUUUUGU